UUGUUUGAGAGCAGAGAGAUAUGGUGUGGAUCAGUCUCUCCUCCAUGUGUCUCUCUCGAACACUUGAACGUCUUAAACACAGUAACUGGUAAAUACCAGAAUUUUUUAGUACCAACAACAAUGUAUUUAGCUCCUACAACUCAUCCAUCUCUCUGUUCUUCACCACCACUGCCAAGAAAGCACAUCCCAGCUUUGAUUUGUCAUACCAAUAAGUUGUACUUUUUAUCCAAAAAUUCUUCAUUUGUCACCGCUUGUACCAGUGGUAAUACUAGUUCAAGCUGUUUUCUCAGUGCCCAGUUGUCAAAGCCUGCGCUUUUCAUAGUAAAGGCAUCGGAAACUGAGCCCAAGUCCCAGACAACAGAAAGUGAUGGAGAAGGGGGUGAGCAAGAGCAACAACCGUAUGAAGAGUAUGAAGUAGAGUUGGUGCAGCCAUAUGGGCUCAGAUUCGCGAAGGGUCGAGAUGGUGGAACUUAUAUUGAUGCCAUUGCGCCCGGUGGAGCUGCCGACAAGACUGGGUUGUUCACUGUUGGCGAUAAAGUACUUGCAACUAGUGCAGUUUUUGGGGAAGAAAUAUGGCCUGCUGCAGAAUAUGGGAGGACAAUGUACACCAUUCGUCAGAGGAUUGGUCCUCUACUCAUGAAAAUGCAGAAGAGAUAUGGGAAGUUGGAGGAAACCGGUGAGUUAACAGAAAAGGAGAUAAUCAGAGCUGAAAGAAAUUCUGGUGUCAUUAGCAACAGAGUGAGGGAAAUUCAAAUGCAAAACUACUUGAGGAAGAAGGAACAGAAAGAACGCAGAGAAAGGGAUCUUCGAGAAGGGUUGCAGCUUUAUAGGAAUGCCAAAUAUGAGGAAGCAUUGGAGAAAUUUGAGUCUGUAUUAGGAUCGAGACCAGAUCCAUAUGAAGCUUCAGUAGCCAGUUACAAUGUUGCCUGCUGUUAUUCUAAGCUUAAUCAGGUACAAGCUGGACUGUCUGCCCUUGAGGAUGCCUUGCUAGCCGGAUUUGAAGACUUCAAGAGAGUCCGUUCGGAUCCAGACCUGGCCGCUUUAAGAAAAUCUGAGGAAUUUGAACCUCUGUUAAAAAGAUUUGAUGAAUCAUUUAUCAAUGAGAGUGCGAUCAAUGCCAUCAAAUCUUUGUUUGGAUUCAACAAGAAAUAGAGCCAGGAAUUCACUUCCACAAAAUAAAAGGACUUGAGCUGCAGUUUGUAUAAGCUCAUCAGGUGCUGACAUGGGGGUUGGCUAAUGGCUAAGCCAUCUGGUGCUUAAGAGAAAUCGGUUUCACUGAUACGAAUUGGUGCAUUGCCCUGCUUCUGAAUUAGUUUUUGGAGAAAUUUAUUUGAUUUCCCAAGUGUUGUUUCUGAACUUCUUCUUCUUUUUUUUUUUUCUUUUUUUUUUCAAAUAGCAUCAUUUAUUUAUAUUUUGAUGACAUGACAAUUAUAGUAUACUGAAUAUUAAAUAGAGAAAAGAAUUUUAGUUUGAACCAA